CGCACACUAUAAGUUAAAGUAAGAGAAAGUAUAUUUGUUUUACUCUAACUUAUUGCACUGGUGCAGAAGUUGUUUGAAAACAAACAGGCCUAUACAUUGGUGUAUUACAAGAGAAAAGAAAGAAAAAGAAGAUUGGAAUAAAGUGCAGGUGUAUGCAAUAUUUCUGCAAACACACGAUUGAUUUCAUAAAUGAUAUGACAUAAAAAAGUUCAGAAGAGCGUGACAAUGGAAGAGUCUGCAAAGUUCGAUAUUAAGGUGGUUAAGACGGAUCUUUUGCACGCGAUAAAUGAGUGUUCCCAACGUGGUUUACGAUAUACUACCAAAUGGUUAGCAGAAUUGAAUUAUUCCUUGAAAAAUGUCAAAUUGGACUUACAAGACCUAACUACAGAUAUCAAGUCACUAGAGAUAAAUGAAGAGGAAGAUACCUAUACAUUAGCUAAAACAUAUUUCGACUUAAAAGAAUAUGAUAGAGCUGCGUACUUCACAAAAGAUUGUACAACCCCAAAAGUUAGAUUUCUACAUUUGUAUUCACGUUAUUUGUCAGGAGAGAAGAAGAAAAUAGAUGACAUGACUGAUGUGCCACCAGAUCCUAUGAAAAAUGACAGUCUCAAAUUGCUUUGCGCCGAUCUGAGAAAAGAUCAUUUGGCCUCCAAGCUAGAUGGCUAUAGUUUAUAUCUCUUUGGUGUAACCUUAAAGAAACUGCAACUCACCAAAGAAGCGACUGAUGUUUUAGUAGAAUCUAUACACAAGGAACCUAUGCAUUGGGGUACAUGGCUGGAGUUAGCUGCUUUGAUCACAGACAGGGAGAAACUGGAAAACUUGUGUCUGCCAAAUCAUUGGAUGAAGUACUUUUUUAUGGCGCAUAUGUACUUAGAACUGCAACUCAUAGAUGAAGGUUUGGCAUUGUAUUGUGAACUGCAGUCAAUGGGCUUUCAAAAAAAUUGUUACGUACUAGCUCAAACUGCAAUAGCGAUGCAUUAUAGGAGAGAUGUUGAUGCUGCAAUGGAAACUUUUAAAAGAAUAAUAGAGGAAGAUCCUUAUUGCCUUGAUAAUAUGGAUACAUAUUCGAAUCUGCUUUAUGUGAAGGAGAUGAAAGUUGAAUUAGCAUAUUUAGCACACAGAGCUACUGAGAUAGAUAAGUAUAGGUUGGAAACUUGUUGUAUAGUAGGAAAUUAUUACAGUUUAAGAGCUGAUCAUCAAAAGGCAGUGAUGUAUUUUCACAGGGCACUGAAAAUGAAUCCGCAGUAUCUAUCGGCUUGGACGUUAUUAGGACACGAAUUUAUGGAAAUGAAGAAUACCAAUGGCGCUAUCCACAGUUACAGGCAAGCAAUUGAGGUGAAUAGACGAGAUUAUAGAGCGUGGUACGGCUUGGGUCAGACGUAUGAAAUCUUGAAAAUGCCGUUUUAUGGACUUUACUAUUACAAACAAGCUCAGCUCUUGAGACCCCACGAUAGUAGAAUGGUCUUGGCCUUGGGUGAAGCGUACGAGAAGCAGGAAAAGACACCAGAGGCGCUCAAGUGUUAUUACAAGGCAUGCAAUGUGGGCGAUAUAGAAGGCAUGGCGCUGUUAAAGUUAGCAACAUUGUAUGAGAAAUUGGGAGAAAACGAUCAUGCAGCUGCAGCUUAUACGGACUUCGUAGUGGAUGAAUACCGGAACGUCGACAGGAAGGAGUUGAGUCACGCGUAUAUAUACCUCACGCAGUAUCACUUGAAAAGAGAACAAUUGGAUCAAGCUAAUCAUUACGCGCAGAAAUGUCUUCAGUUUGACGAGACGAAGGAGGAGGCGAAGGUGCUGCUAAGGACAAUCGCUGAGAAGAGAGCAAAAGUGGAAGAAACAUCCAUGGUGGUGGAUGACAUGAACGAAACGGAUCCCGUGAUCGAGCAGACAGCGCGUACGGACGCGAUAUCCGGCAGCCAAUUGUCACCGAUGAAUCUCUCGUUCACACCUACCCCGUAAAUAAAAUGAUACCUCCCACUCGCAGUCUGCAACUUCGACAUCCCAAUAUCUCUGUAUAUAAAUACAAAGUAUUCGAUAAUUUGA